CGGAGAUCAGUAUUCGGUACUCGGUUUGGAAGUUUUGUGUUAAGCGAACAACUGUCCGUGUUUCGGUAACAUAAAAGUCCAACAAGUUGCUGUGUGCAUCAGAAGAUUGAACGCUAGAGAAAACAUCGUCAGCCGCUCAAAAAUGUUCUCCAAAGUGAUCGCUGUUUUGGCCUUUGCCGCCGUGGUUGCCGCUAAGCCCCAACAUCAGCAAGCCGCCCAGUAUCCGGCCGGAGUCGAUCCGUCCCGCUGCCCGUCGUAUCCCAACUGCGACAACGCGGCCCUGCACAGCCCCAACCCCUACAACAACCAUGCUGCCAACCACUGGAACCCGAACUGGAACGCUCAGCCCAGCUGGAACCCGGCCCCAGUUCCCGCUCCGGCCCCGGCCUCGUACUACCACGGUGCUCCUCACUCGUACCAGGCUCUGACCGGCCCAAGCCACAACUACCUCGGAGCCCCGGCCCCCACCGCCGGAGGAGACCGUUACCCUGCCGGAGUCAACCCGCAGUCGUGCCCGAACUAUCCGUACUGUGAUAACACCGUCCAGGCUGGACACCCUCAGGCCGCUCCUCUGCCAGGAUUCACCUCUCGCCAGUACCCGGCCGGAGUGUCCCCACACACCUGCCCGAACUUCCCGUACUGCUAAGAUCCUCGCCCCCUCGUACUACUUCCUCUAUCCUCUUCUGCUACUUCACUGAUCUUCACACUACCGUCCUGUAAAAAGCGAAAACAGAAACCCCCAUUUCCUUCUCAUCCCUCUCAGCUCCAUAGUUGUUCAUCCUCGCUUCACCUUCCGCCACGGUUGUGUCCCUGCUGACCAGUAUUGGUUUGUUUGUUUUUUUUGUUAGUGGUUUGUGCAGCACUUAGUACUGCCCCGAACUGCAAUGCACAUUGUACAGAUGUUAUUGUGUUCCCUUAGCGUGAUUGGUUGUUAGAACAGCAAGAACGAUAAGAGCGCAGCAGUUCCAAGCGUUGGAGAACCUUUUUUUGUUUUUUGGAUAGGGAAAAAUGCCAUGUAAAAAAGCAAAAGCAAAAAGAAAUGAUCCCACUACAAUAUGCAACUUCUCAUCGACUAUGUUAUCUCAGCGUGCGAUCGCACACAUCGCAAGUGAAAUUUGAAAUGCAAUUGAUUUAAGAAUCAAA